UGAACAAACAGAAGCACUUUUACUGCAGUGCCCACAUUAUUGUUUGCAUGUCACACAGGGAGGACUGGUUAGCUGAGGUGUGUCCUGGUUUAACCAUUAACCUCAGACUUAAUCCAGUGAAGGUCCUCUGCUGACCUCCUCGAAUCACUAACUUCUGGGAGUUUCACUUGAGCCUCCGUAACACUUCAUUUUUUUGCCUUUUAUGGAUUUUGCGUUUUGUUCUUUGGGGAAAUGUUGGAAAAAAUCUUAGUCCUGCUCUGUUUGUCCUCUGCUUUGGCACAGGAGCUCUGUGAACCAGAUAAUUCAUUUGCCACUCAAGUGCGACUCAGCAUCAAAACCGCUCUGGGAGAUAAAGCUUACGACUGGAACGACAAUGAAAUGUACUUUUUCCGAGCGACUCUGGCUUUUGCCAUGAGGAAUCAUUUCAGCGGCCAGGAAUUUAAUGUGUCGAACAUCCUUGUAUGUAAGGAGACAGUCAGAGUGUCCUUCUGGUUCGUGGUGACGUCACCGCUGAACCCUUCAAGCCUUGUUCCUAAAGGAGACGUGGACAAGGCCAUAAGAAAGUCCAGGAACCGCAUCAACAGCGCAUUUCUUCUAACUGAUAAAACUCUGGAGUUCAUCGACAUCCCUCCCACACUGGCAGCACCAGUCAACCCUGACACUCCUCCAUGGCUCAUUGUGUUUGGGGUGGUCAUGGGCGCUGUGGGUGCUGGGAUCGUCGUUCUGCUUGUGUCGUCUCUGGUCCAAAAGAAACGCAAGAACAAGAAAAAUGACGAUGAAGACGACGAAGAAGAAGACACACGAGUGAAAACGGUGGAAAAUGGCGCUGUGAGCGAGGGUGUUUACAACAUGUCGUUCUCAGAUGACGAGCGAUUCACACAGAUGUGAAACUAUGGAAACUCUUCCACGUCAGCAAAGUUAUGAAGCUGCUCCAGGUGGACUUCUGUUGCACCGUGAUCUUCAAUCUGCAGAAUCAUUUUAAAGCUGUAAUUCAUCAGAAAUGUUUGAUUUAAAGGAGCAGUGUGUCAAAUUUAGUGGCUUCUAGUGGUGAGGACUGCAGACUGCAACCAGCUGAAACAUCCCCUUGUACCAGGCAUCAACUCCUGGUUAGGUAUUCCUUUAGUGUUCAUUGUUCAGGAGGUUGUUACCAGGAGCCGAACUAUCCGCAGAGGUCUCUUCUUCUCAAAAACAAAUGGAGCAGGUGAUUAAAACCAGUAAAAACACCAAUUAAAGCAGUUUCACUUUACAUAUCAGUGUUUCUGCGACGCCGUUUGGCUCGUCACAGACGGGCCCGUAGUGCUAAUAUGUGCUCACCUAAUUUCUCUGAUAGCUUAGGAUCCAGGGACCUGUUAAACAAAACACCUUCAGUUAAGAUUUUCCUUCAAGUCAGAGUUAAGUUUCCUCAAAAUGAAAUCUGUUGCACGUAUUUAUGGUUUCUCUCCUUGUCAUGGUCUUAUACUUAAGGAAUCCCUAGAGCGUUGCACAAAAGACCUUAGCAACCAAAAAGUUAAGGUACAUCUGACUCUAUUUUAACAAAUUGGAUCAAAUUGACUUUGUAGUUUUUAUUUUCUAUGACUGUAUUCUUCCAGAAGGUUAAUGUGGUUUUCUGGUCUUCUUUGCUUCUGCCAUUUUUACACUAACUAUAAGACAAUUUUGUGAGACGAUAACAGGCGUCACAAACAUGAGUCUAAGGAAACAAACAAUCUCCAAGGAAACUUUUACCUCUGUAAAAUCUCUUUCAAUGCAGUAAAUGAGUUAACGUAUUUCCUUCUGUGCAACUGCGUAAGUCCCUCAGCUAAGGACAAGUUAGGCCUUAAGAAGAAAACCCAAGGGGCCAUAUUCACAAAGCUUCCUAGUACUAAGCGUUGCUCCUACUGAAAAGAAAAUUCUUAGAAUUAUGACGUUCUCUAAGGAUUUCCCCUUAAAGUUAAGACUAGGUCGUUAUAAAGAUAAAAGUGAUUCACGGAGCAUCCCAGACCUUAAAAGAGCUCCUAAGGUGAAAAACUGUUAGGAGCAGGGAAGAGGACUUUUAAGAGUCUUAAGAGUUUCUUAAUCAGAGGAGAAAAUGGUGGAAACACAAAGAGGUCCGAGAGAUAUUCUCCAAACUCUGGAUGACGGUGUGCAAAUGAAAUGCUACAGAUUAGAUCGUGCAGGUGUUAUGUUAGUGGUCGAUCUCAUUAAGGACACGCACACAUCUCCCACCUAACGUCAUAACACAAGAAAUAAAAUGACCAACACUAAGCCUUCCAUCAGCAGAGUGAUCACAUGAACAAUGGCAGCACUGUCACAGUCAGCAGUUCAUUUCAUCUCCACUGGGUGUCCACACCUUACAGGCUCACAAAGGGGUGUGUCUGUGACAACCAAUCACAUCUGUUAAAAGAAUGCAGCAUACCAAGCAACAGGGUCAACCACACCUCCUCACUAAGGUAAAAGUUUCUGUCACUUCUUUGCUCAGAGUUGCUGUGAGAACUUUCCUAAAUCACUCCUACGCUAAGACCCCUUACUAUUUUUUUAGGCUAAGUUAAGAGCUCUCUGAGUGUUCUCAGGAUGUCUGUGAAUACAGCCUGAUGUGUUUUGUGCAACCGGUCCCAGACGUUCAGGAGGAUUUUAACGUGAGCUGAAUUUUCUACUCUCCAAGACAAACAUCCUGUGAUUGAAACCUGUCAACACACUGAAAAAGGUUGUUUUAUGAUUGAAAUCAGUGUUUUUCAAACACUGCUUAUCAUGAUUGCAGAGGGGCUGCUAACUAAGGUGGCCAAAUCAAAAACACAAAUGUCCCUACCUGUUGCCAGUGCUUAGUUUGUCCCUUCUGAGCUGCUGUAGAAACAUAGCAGUGCAACAUGGCAGACUCCGUGGGCGAAGACCUGCUCCCUAUGUAGAUAUAAAGGCUCAUUCAAAGAUAACAAAAACACAGCAGUUCUUAUUUUCAGGUGAUUAUACACUAAAGAAAACACACUCAUUAUAUUACAUUACAUUUCCAAUAUAUCCCUCUAAAUCCUACACACUUUAAAUGAUUUAAUACAUUUUCAUGAUUCUUUUCUGUUGGUGAAGUCGUUCUCUAAACAUCUUUAUAAUCUCAUUACCUGCUGCCUUAAAAAGAAACAAGCACUCACAGUUUUUAAUGCUUUUCAUUUUCUAAAUAAAUGUUUGAAUCUUCUCUGUUUAGGGAUGAUAAACUGUAGAUGUCUGUGAGAAGGCGUGUGUGUGUGGAUGUUUGGACAAAGCCUUAAUCUGUUGACUGUACUAACCACUUACUCUACUGUAUAUUUAAACACAUGGUUCUUAUUCAGCAAACAGAAAGAGAUGGAAACCAGCAAGAAACUGGUCCAAUGUAAGACAAAGGCUCAUUCUGUGUGUAUCUAGAACUGGGAUUUAAGUCAAAAUAAUAAAUCUUGAUAUGUGUAAGCCCUGUCAUGAUACGGAGUAUGCAUAAAUGUAGAUGUAUCUAUCCAAGAGUGUAGGAUUUGAACAUUGGGGUUGACACAUGAAACAGUAGGUUUGGGGGAGUCAGACACUUUUCCUCCAUGCUCCAAUUUGUGCCUUUUUCUGCAUGAAUUUAUGAUGUACAUGUCUAAAUUCUGUCAAAAUAAAAGCCCUCUGCUA